CAUUCACAAGUAUACAAUGCCAUUAGGCUAACAUUGCGGGGAAUCAAAAGACAGAUUUACCCUACCUGGUAUAAUAUAACCAGGUUUUAUCAUACAUUGUCACAAAAUGAUUGAAGGGGCUGGGCCUCGCUCCUAGUUUGAUACAAAAAUGCCGGAGAUAUCAUGAGCAUUGAGGCGUUCCACAUUGUUACUAUAGGGCAGAUUAGUUCGAUCGUUUUACCUGGGAACGAUCUUAACUACGGAAAUUGAUGGAAAGUGCAUCACACAUCACAAAGAAUGGUGGAAUUGUGCUGAAGUUUAAGGAUGGAAAACUUACAGAACUUUAAUUAUGUUACAAUUCCUACGUGAAUAACUGAGUUUGUCGGUGGAUUACAGACAAAUGAUGGAGUAUUUAUUUCCAGAUUACCUGCGUUGAAGGAAAAGAAAGAGGAUUAUGUUGGAAGAGUAGCCAGGAAAAGAGUUUCGCAAAUCAACUCCCAUCAUGUGUGUUUUUCUCCCCUUGCUGGUGUUGGCGCUGACUUUGGUAUCUCAAUGUCAAGCUGAAAUCCGUUUUACAAUUUUUGAAGAGCUACCGAUCGGUCAUGAGGUAGGAAACAUUGCUCUAGCAGGAAAAUUCAAUGAAAACCGGACAACAGAGGAACUCAAUGCUUUGGAGUUUUCCUUUUUGGAGACUACUCAGAAUACAAAAUAUUUCGAACUUAACAUACGGACUGGGAUUUUGACUGUAAAAAAACGGAUUGAUCGUGAUGCCAUCUGUUCUGUAGAAUGUAAUCUCGACUUUGAAGUGGUUAUUCGGUCGAGUAUGUCACAGGAUAUCUUCUUUCCCUCAGUGACUGUGGUUGUAGAAGAUACCAAUGACAAUAUUCCAGUGUUUCAGCACACGAGCUGGAAGUUGGAGAUUCCUGAAAAUGCAGCUCCAAACUCGGCGUACAACAUCAUACCAGCUACAGAUAAUGACACAAGUCUCCAAUUCUCUAUCCAAAACUACUCCUUGUCUCCGGCCACUACAUUGUUCACCUUGAACGUGACGAAAAAAUUAGAUGGAAAAUUUCUCGUUCAGUUAGUGGUGAAACACCCACUGGAUCGUGAACUUCAGUCUUUUUACCAGAUGUAUGUCACAGCGGAGGACGGAGGGCCAACCCCCAACAGUGGCAAAAUGCUGGUGAACAUUUCUGUAACGGACCUGAAUGAUAAUCCUCCGAUAUUUACCAAGUCUGUGUAUAAUGUCACCGUGAAGGAGGAUACACUACCAAAUACAUCAAUCCUACAGGUCAAGGCCACAGACAAGGAUGCCGGAGAGAACGGACGGGUAACGUACAGGAUAGUUCCAACAACAGACACAAUUAUUCAGGACCUUUUUCAUAUUGAUGCCUCCACUGGAGAUCUGCACAUUCUGACCCAGCUCACGUACAAACCCGGCGAAAGUUACACCAUGAUCACCGAGGCGACCGAUCACGGUGACACCAAGAAAGUGACACAGGCUAGAGUGAAUGUUUAUGUGGAGGAUUCUGGGAACAAUCCACCCACAGUCCGAAUCAACAUCCUGUCCGGGUCCGGUAAUGUUGUGUCAAUACAAGAAUCGGCUAAUGUGGGUGCUUUUGUGGCUCAUGUCAGUGUAGAAGACUCUGAUCAGGGAGAAAAUGGACGUGUGGAUUGUGUUGUCUCUAGUGCAUUCUUUAGAGCAGAAAAUAUACCUCCGGGAAAAGGAUUUAAAAUCUUACUCAACCAUGAGCUUGACAGGGAGAAUGAGGUGAAUCACAGUGUGAUAGUGACAUGCCACGACUUUGGUUCUCCCGUGAUGAACGUUUCGGCUAACUUUACCGUAUCGGUCACCGACGACAACGACAACGAUCCCAUCUUCCUCAAAAACCCAUACACAGCAAGGAUUUUGGAAAAUAACCAGAUUGGUGACAAGAUCGUCCAGGUAUCGGCACGCGACAUUGACGAAGGUGUUAAUUCCCAGGUCCACUACUACCUACACAGUGACGCUGGAUCUAACUUUGCAAUCCAGUCAGAAUCUGGUGUAAUCACAGCUACAAACUCUUUUAAUCGUGAACAGAAUGCUGAUUUCAAAUUCAAGGUUUUGGCUGUCGACCGAGGUGAUCCACCUCGAACAGGCACAGCCUCUGUGUAUGUCGUUGUUGAGGAUGAAAACGACAAUAAACCUGUGUUUAACCAAACAAUUUUCGCAUUUGAUAUCUUGGAAAACAAAGUUGCAGAUUCGUUUGUGGGACAGGUUGGGGCAAUUGACCCGGACAAGGGAGAUAACUCGAGGAUAACCUACUAUAUCUCCCCACAAGAUGAACUGUUGGUGCCUUUUAUUGUUUUUCCAAAUGGAGAUAUAAGGACGAGCCAGCAGCUUGACCGGGAGUCGCAGAGUCAGUAUAACUUUGUAGUGUAUGCCACUGAUCACGGAGACCGCCCUCUAAACAGCUCCGCCUAUGUUACUGUGUAUGUGAUGGACACCAAUGACAACGAUCCUAUCAUAAUAUAUCCCAACAAAACCAAUCACACGAUUUGGUCCAAGUCUGGGACCUCUCUUCCUCUGACGACAAUUCAGGCCUAUGACAUUGACGAGGGCUCAAACAAACAACUAACGUACUACAUCCACGAGGGAAAUGACGACGACAUGUUCCUGUUACACCCAGAAUCUGGGGAACUGUUCCUGAACAGUAACUACCCCAUUGGUAAAGACAAGUCUGUGAACCUGGUGAUAUGUGUGAAGGACGGUGGUCUCCCUGUUAGAGCUAAAUGUGCCCAACUUACGGCAGUGAUUACCGUCAACAAUGCCACAAACACCGGUGCUCAGCGGGAGUCGACCAGUUACAUAACCAUAUCUAUUGUUGUUGUCAUAGUGACCGUCCUUGUGUCUGCUGCUAUUAUUUUGACAAUUUUCUUUUUGCGAAAAAUCGAUAAAAAUCGUCAAAAGCAGAAAUAUGGAGCUAAUGGACCCCUUGGUGUUCCUAUGCCAAAUAGUUACUCAUCGUCUCCAGCGUCAUCACAGCAAGAUGUCAACUCAGAUGCUGAAUUCAUGGAAAGAAAGAAGAAAGAAGUGACAUUUUCUCCAAGUACAAGCUUCGAUAACAUGAACAAUAAAGGGAUGGAUAUGACCUAUCAAAUCACCACGGAUACCAAGCCGGGAAUGUACCUCUACGACUCCGUGCCAGCCCCCGAAACCAGCCGCAAAAAUACCCAACAAACAGCACAACUUAACGCCCUACAUCUCCAACAGUUAUUGUUCAAAACUCACCAACAGGAACAAGCUGAGUCAAGUGCUCCACCUAGAGUUGCGCACCCUAGUGACAGCAACAGUGAUACAUCAGGGGAGACAAUCCCUAGCGACAGUGGGAGGGGAGGAAGUGAGGAUGAAGUCCCCAAUAGUCAUCACACUGGAGAUGACUCCAGAUCCUUUGAUUGUGGAUCUUACAAUUCUCAUACUGGAAGUUUCCGCCCUGCUCCGAACAUUCCACUUCGUAAACAGAAGCUCCCUCCUCAAGUACAAGCAAAGAUUUCAAAUAACAGGCUGUACCCAAAGUCUAGUACUCCCACACAAAUGUUUACUGGACCAAAUCGGCCCUAUUCUACGAGUACAGAGCACUUGAACGAGAAAAAACUUUUGUCUGAUUCAAAUUCAGUGCAGAGGGGACAGAAAAAUGGACCUUAUGUGCGAUCAGCACCGAGUCAUUCUAGUUUUACCUCACCUCAUACCCAGUCCUACCUGGACAGCAAAGCGAAAUCCUCAAACUUUAAUACAUGGAAUUACUUACAGCCAAAUCAUUCUGUGAAUUACUCAAACAUUUCAAAAGACAGAGACUACUUUAAUCUCCGCACGGAUAGUAUCAGUACUUUUCGGUCGCGGGACGACGAUGAUGAUGCAGCAACAACCACAUCAGGAAGCUAUACAAUUAAUCCAGAGGAGCUGGAGGAUGAUUUGUAUCGAACACAUCAAGAUAUGGUUGUGUAGUGACACAACGAUCAUGAUCUUCAUGUGAUUCGUGGCCAUAUGUUAUUGUUACAAUUUUUGUUACUUUUCGUCAUUUCAUGUGUUAUAAUCAAAAGUUUCACUGCAUGCAGCAUGUUAUAUGUACAGUACUCUAUGACUUGUAAGAAUAAUUAAUCCACUGUGAUAGAACUAAUGAUAUAGAAACAGAAAACACUACCGGGUAUCUGAUUUUAUGAUGAUGACAAUGUUGUAACGGUUCACUAACUUUUACUGAUAACUUUUUAGAAUCAAUCAAUGGUAACUUUUAACAGAUAGUCAGGAACCUUUACGCAUGUAUCAUGUUGAUAUUAAAAUAGAGAUGUAUACUCAUCAUGACUGGUAGGGAACCAAUCCCAAGUGGGUAGCAGUGUGUCCCACUGACAGAGGACAGUUUAAUCAACACGCUGAUAAAGGUCUUUCAGGUUAGACAAUUAUUUAUUUAUGAUAACAUUUACUGCAACAGGGAAAACAUCAAACAUAUAGGUUUGAUGUGAUGUGAAAUGUACAUCUUAAUUGGUUACGGACGUGUUAAUUGUUUGGUGACAUCAGGAACGGAAUGUCAUGAUGACUUUUUAGGGCAGACUAGUCCAUUACUAGACAUGUUCAAAUUAAUAAAGAAUAUAUUAUUCAUUUAAUAUUGCCCAUUUUUGUAACGUUACACAGAUAAUUUAUCAAUUAUUAAAUGGUAAAUCUUAAUUUAGAUUUCCAAUGACAAGAUUUGAAUAGACCUUACCUCAGUGCUUGUGACAUAACUGGUCUGGUGUCUCUUUUCAAAAAUGUUUGUCACAGGCUACUGAAAUAAAAACCACCCAAUUGAUAUUGUACCCAGCAGGGCCUUCAGACACUGACUUUUAACCUGAACAGUAUUGCUGACGAUUACAUCAAUAAAUGCAGCUCUCUAUACCCCAGAGCAGCACAGACAUCAAUGAAACAGUGUGUAGUAACAGAUUUUGGGUUACUUUGUGCUAAAAAGAACACAUACAGAAAAGGUUAAUGUGCUGAUGUUUGUUUCUUUUUAUUUAUAUCAGUUUUUUCAAGGACUUUAUUUACUUGUACGAGAGUUCUAUAUAAUAACAUGACCUGCAAAACUGUGUUAUGGUUCAAUUUUUACUAUCAAAGUAUGUGUGCUAUCUAAAAACUAGGACAUGCAUCUAUUUUCCAAUGUAAAACACUCCAAAGACUCUGAUUUACUAGAGAUGAUAUUGGGGAAGAAGGGAGAUGUCUCCGAGACAGGUCACUGGUACAAUAUGUUACUGUAAGGCUGUAUAAAACUAGUAGAAGUGAGACGUUGUGUAUUGAAUGAUUGACAGACAUGUAUAUUUAUAUACUGUACAUUAUUGUUUACCAAAGACACAAAUUUUGUUGAUGGAGUCCUCAUUUUACCCUGAUACAUUGAGAAGUACUGUGUGAGGGGUUAUACGGACCAUAGGGGGAGACAUGUGUUGGUAAUGUCCUACUAUAUAUAGGGUGCUAAAAUAAAUAGUUCUAUUUUCUUAACAAAAAUAUAUGGACAUUAUAUUGCUAUUUGCCUUCUGUAAACCAUUUCAUCCCUAGGUAACUUGGGUAGACUCUACCAUACAUUCAUCUUGAUGAGUCCAUUAUGAUCUACAGGGGUGAAAGGGUUAAUGUAAAAUGAAAUCAAAAUAUGUUUCUAUUUUAUUUUUUAAUAAAAAGAUUGUUGCACUAAGGUUCACUCGAUUGAAUCCAUGAAUUUGUUAAAAUCUUCGAAGAAAGUAGUGCCUGUUAAUAAAAUUUCACAAAGAUGAUUAAAUCUUAGAAAUGGUUGUAAUUACAGAUAUUGAGUUGUAAACCCUUGGCAUGUUCUGCUUAACAGUGGUGGUGUAAGCCUCUAUAUAAUACUGCAAUAUGUUGUGAUACUACCAUGUUGCCUUGUUGUUUUGUCAAUUCAUGACAUUAAUAUGCAUGUUGUUGUUUGUUGUUAAAAUUGUGUAUUAUGAUUAAUUGUUGAGCAGCUAAAUUAAAACAAUUUAAUGAAUA